CUUCGGUCGUGUAAUGCUACUGAGGCUUGAGCAACCGGCGGGGAUCGAGCACAGGCCAUUCACAAACUUGAACGAGAGUGAUGCCCAUGAAUCCCCAGCACAUCAAACUCGCUUACCAUCGGCCCUGUGCUGCAGGAAGAGAAGUCGAAGACAAUCCCGGGGCAAGAGGUGUCAGACGUACACCAUGGCAAUCUCACGAGAAACCUUGGACGAGUCCAUGUCGAGCAGUGCUGGACAGUGGGUAGAACGUAUCGCAGGGAACUUG